AGACGCAAACAACAAAAUUGACAGCUGUGUUCGCAGAUUCAGCUUAUAUUUGUGCUCAGAACAACUUUAUUUCACUAAGGAUAACACUUGGAAGUAGAGUAAGUGUUGUAUUGAAUAACAAGGUAAUCAGGGUGGCCAUGGCCGACGACUUCACUCAAUCCCUGACCCCACCAGUUUCCCCCUUCGCAGCAGACGGCUUGUGUGAGCUCCCCCCAUCACAGCCACCAUGCUUUUGCUGUGCUGAAUCAAAAGAGGACUCUGCAAGUACUCUCCCUACUGACGGAUAUAUUGCAAGAGGCGCACUGAAAAGGCUUUUUCUGCGUCUGGACCCUGCACCAUCAGAAUAUGAGACAGACAUUGUUGAGAUAUUUGGGUUUCCCUGGGUCACUGAGAUAGCUCUAGUAGAAUCAACAAAACUUCUGUUUGGACUUUUCAGGCAAAAGAUUUACAAGCUGGAGAUUUUGGUGCAGUCCAGCUCUCGGGAUUUUGGUCAAGCUGGAAAUCUCCACUAUGAGGCAGAAGACCUCAAAAAACAAUGUGUAACAUUUCUGCAGUAUAUUAAAGUAUAUCUGCAUAGAUAUCUUGAACCCUCCAGCGCUCUGGAGGCAGGAUCCUCACACCCAUUUGAAGAGUUGGAGGCUCAGUUCCCCUCUUCUCUACUUGAAGAACUUUUUGGCAUUACUCUCCUCAUAGGACGCCUCAAAGACCUGCCAGCCAACACUCAGAGUGCUUUCACUAUACAGAACCAAGGAAAGCUUUUUCCUCCUUCUUGGCAUAUGUUACACCUUCAUCUUGAUAUUCAUUGGUCCAUACUGGAAAUACUUCAUAUGCUUGGUCUCAAAAUACAAGGCCAGGUGGUGUACGCCCACCAGUUUGUGAACCUGACAGGAGAAAACCUGACUGAUACCAGUCUGUUUGAAGAGCACCUGUGCUCUCUGCUGUGUGACCUCACUGGUCUGGCCAUGGGCAAAUACAGCAAGGUGAGACCUACAGAGGCUCUUGCCAUCCAACAUUAUCCAUGCCCCUGCAUUAAAGAGCUGUGGAUUCUACUUAUGCACCUGCUUGAAAACAGAAGUAAAGUGUUGCACACACAGUCUUUCUGGAACUACAUGAACUCAUUAUUGAGACCUUUGGUGUCUGGAAAACCAGCAACAGAGCAGUUUAGCGGGAUCCCCACACACUGUAAAGAUCCUUUGGGAUUUACAUGGUGGCUGGUUACACAUACAGCAAUGUUGGGACAAUACAGCCGGAGUGGGACAAUUCAGACUGAACAGCACAUUGAUAAUUGGGCUUUAAUGGAGGAAUUACUGAAGAUCACUUGUAAUCCAAAGGGAAAUCUUGCUGAGGAACAGGUCCGGAUGCAUGUCCAUUGCUGUCUUACUAUGUGUAUGUUGUGGACCCCUAGCACUGUUGCUGUCUCCACUCUUUGGGACUACUACAGCAAAAAUCUGAAUGGCUCAUUCAGCGUGCCCUGGUUGGGUGUUUCUGGUCUCGGUGCUCUGUGUAAGUCACCCCUGGCUCUGCUGGAACAGGCCCGGAGCUGCUGUAGUCCAUCUCCUCUCCACUCUUUAGAACACACCCAGCUUUACCGCACAGCCAACUCCUUCCACAUCUUCCUCCGAAUUUUGGCUCUGUGCCUUUCUCAGGACAGAGCAGGUGGAGUGCCACAGAGGCAGAUCAAAGGAAGAAUUUAUUCAAAGUUUUCAUCAAAGAAGAUGCAGGAGCUGUCAGAGGCAGGCCUCAUGAACUUCUUGUUGCUGUUUAUCGUGGUGGCCAGACAGGUGGAGCUGGAGGAUGUUGCUGGCAGAGCAUGCGAGCUGCUUGGCUUCCUUCCCUCAAACUGUCCCCCUGGUCAUCGCACUCUGGUCUGGAGGGGGCAGCUGACACUACUCCUGUUGUUCCAGGAGAGAGGGCUUGAUGUUGGAGCCCAAGCCAGUUGGCUUGCCUCAUCCUUUAAUGAAACAGCCAAAGAGUUCUACAACAAAACUACGGAGAUGUCCCGUAAACUGGCCCUUUGGGGUCCUCUGGGCUCAUACCUGGAGGGAGUGGCGGAGGUGUUUGAGACCAGCACCAGUCUGAACCUCUCAGAGGAAAAACUGCUUAAUGAAGGCUUCGACUGGUUACUGCCUGCGUGUCGCCAAUCAGACUUAAAUUCUGCCCUUGGCUUCCUGCAGACAAUCCUUGCCCAGCUUAGGCGAGUCCAUCAUCGCAGUGUCCAUUUAGCACCCAACCUGACCUGGGUUACUGGUAACAUCAGUAUGGGUAAAGAGCGCCACCUAGCGGUUGCAUCAGCUCUGUGGGCUCACUUCUACCCCUUUCUUCGUGGACUGCGCCUCUCCCAGACCCCUCCAGCACAACUAGCAGAUGCAGCUGCUGGCUUUACAUUACUGGCCUUUGACCUUCCUGGCACUGCUCCUCAGGACCUUCAACCCCACCCAGUCCAGUCCAUCAUGCAAUGCUUUGGCUGGGACGACAUGAUUCACCCAUUUUUAGUGACCCGCUAUCUUCCCCACAUUCUCGAAAAUAGUGAGGUAGUGGCAUCUCUCAGCCGUGAGUCCAGCACUGGAUCAUCUUGCUCUGGUAUAAGUUUGUCAGUGAGGGCCUGGUUUCGCUGUAUGUUGCAACAAUAUCUUCACAAAAACCAAGAUGGAACUGACAACAAAACAGCCAGAGCAGUGGAAGAACAAUUGUGCGAGUUGACCCGACUUGUACUGAGGCUCCCUGAAGUGGAUAGUCUAUUGCAGAAGGCUGGACUACAGCCCACACCCAACAAGAUAGAGCCCAAUGUAGCCCUGGAGCUCUUUGUGAAGUCUGUAGGUAUUGCGUAUAGUAGGAUACAGGUCCUCUCUGAGCGUUCAGCCAUGAUCAUAAGAGCUUUGGACUAUGUGGGAGAUAUAUUCAAACACAUUAAACCGUCGUUAGUCAGCAAAAACCAGGAGGCUCUACAGCUCACCUACUGGGCCGUUGGCUGCAUAGUGAAGCACUGGAGCCCCCUGUUGGCCACAUCAAAAGCCCAGCAGCUGUUGUUUCGAAUUGUUGACGGACUACUACUUCCACACAAUGUCACACUACAAGAUAAAGCACUAAGGGACAGCCUUCCACUGUACUUACAGGGCUUGUCGGUGGCAUCUAGUGUGUCCCAGUCACAGGGUGCCCACCUCAAGCAGCAGCUGCGCUCUGUUACACGUAGGUACCUUAACCACUUCCUUCCUCCGUCCCCUUCUAUCGGGGCCAUUGCCAAUCACCCAGUGCUCCUGAGUGCAUGUGAGUCCAACCCAACCCCACGAGGAGCAACGCUGCGGAGAAGCAUCCUGGAAGUGCUAUGGCAAAGUUUUCUUCAGUUCAAAGGAUAUACACCACCUCCACGUUUGGCAUCAGUUUUGAUGUUUCUUUGGGAACUAUUGAGACGAAAUCAAGACACAGACCCAGCGCUAUUAACUCUUCCCUUGCCCUCCCUUCUCCGCAGUUUAAUGAUUGUCAAUGAAGCUCAAGUGAGGACGAUGAGCACAGAUGCCUUACAGCUUGUAGUGGAGCGCUGUGCUGCUGCAUCUGCAGAGGGACCGUGUGAGCAGAUGAUCACUGUCUUGCGGUCAUUUGUGGAGGAGAACGAGGGGGUCUAUGACAGGCAGGUGUACAGUGUCCUGGAAAUGAUUGCUGUCUUAGAUGCAGCUGUGGUUCAAGCUCUCAUCCCCAACCUGUCUCUGAGUCUGAGAAACACUGAACACAAGCGAGGGCUGGGCAGGAACACAACGCUGAGGAGUGCCUAUAAGAAGUUGCUGUGUCUUCUCGGAGAGAGUGGGCAAGCGGAAAUAACAAGUUUGGAAGAGGACUGAAAAGUAUUAGCUCCAGGACUCUGCGCCAGCCCUGAAAAUCUCUUGUUAGUCAUACUGGGCUUUUUGCGAUUUUGUGGAUCUCUGAGGGACUUCCUUCAAACAUAUGCUAUGGAUUUUACUUUGUCCUGGGAUAAUAUAACUAGUAUAUGUGAGAAAUCAUGGCUCAUAAGUAAAAACAUUGUAAAUAAUGUGCAUAAUCUAAAUAGCAAUUAUUAUUUAAACCAAAUAAUUAAAAUGUUCAUGAAAUACAUGUUUCACUAGUGUGCAUUCUUACAUUUCAUAGUGAAUGCAAAUAGGGAUGUAUACAUAUUGACUAUAAAUUAUCAUUGAGACAUGGAACAAUUCAAAGGGAAUAAAAAUCGACUCACAAAAUAUCUCAACUUG